AUGGCUUCCGUCAUAGUCAUCUUCAGUCUUCUUUUCCUCUCACUGGCCAAUGCCUUCUCCGACCCAGGUCCCUGCUCCGGCGACUGUUGGACUCACGAUGUCGGACUGUUACAGCGCAAAUCUGACGGCCGGUGGUUCCGCUUCGCAACCGGCAAAGGUAUUCACAUCUCCGUGGCUGACUCGAUCGAGGGACCCUGGACGGUCAAAGGCGAGGCCCUCGCGGGUGGGUCAUCGAUCGACCACCCAGGCUCGAAGAACCUCUGGGCCCCCGAUGUCCACUUAGAAGGGGAUACCUACUACAUGUACUACUCCGUCUCGAAGCUGGGGACCAAGAACUCCGUCAUCGGCGUGGCCAGCUCUCCCAACAUGCAAGUCGGAUCGUGGAAAGACCACGGUUCUACGGGGCUCACAUCCAAUGCUGACAAGCCCUACAAUGCCAUCGACGCCAACUGGAUCCGCAUCGGCAACACUCCUUUCCUCAAUUUCGGCUCCCACUGGCAUGACCUGUACCAGGUGCCCAUGAAGGGACCCCUGAAGAUCACCGACGCCACCCCUUACAACCUCGCGUAUAACGCCACCGGCUCCCAUCGUGAGGAAGCUGCCUUUGAGUUCCAGCACGAUGGCUUCUAUUAUAUGACCUUUUCGUCGGGAAUCGGUCUCGGUUAUGAUGACAAGAAGCCACCUCCGGGUGAGGAAUAUAGUAUUCGGGUGUGUCGCUCACCUGGGGGGAAGGGUAACUUUGUCGACCGCGCCGGUAAAUCCUGCCUCAAAGGCGGCGGCACCACCCUUCUCGCCAGCCACGGCCACGUCUACGGACCAGGCGGCCAGGGGGUUACGAACGACAAAAAACAUGGCCUGAUCCUCUACUACCAGUACGCGGACACUAACAAGGGUCUCAAUCCCAGCCAAUACCAGUUCGGGUGGAACAAGCUGAAGUGGGAGGAUGGCUGGCCGAUUGUGUAAACUGGUUUUACAGCCGGUAUAUACAGUUGAAUUGUUUCUUCUCUUAUUAUUUUCAUUUUUUUCAUGGUGAUUGAGUUAUUGUUGAAUACCCCUUGUUUGUGCAGUACUGCUGCUGCUGCUUGAUUAGAGUGGUAGGGAGAGGGCUGGCUUG